AUGCCCGCCCCCCUGGUAAUCGAGCCCACCGUCGUGCGCGACCUACACGAUGACGAAAAGCUCGUCCUCGACGACUUCGAAAGCCACGUCUCCCGCUGCACAGCCUGUAGCCUCUCCCUCGAAACAUCCGACAACACUUUCUGUGAACGAGGCCACCUACUCGCACUCGACGUAUCCAAAUACCUCUACACAAAGAGCAACAAGCACUACGCCGUAGUGGAUAAGGAGAACGGAAAGCCCAUGCGAGUCAAGCUACCCCGCGACUCAAAUAAUACCCGCCAUCUACUGAACUCUGUGGAAGAUGGUCUUCGUCUCUCAUCACCUCGUCGGGGACGUGCUCCUCCUGUUCGAUCACCGACUACUCCAUCCCGUCCGGUUAUUGAGCAAGUUCGUCCUCGCUCCCGGACACCGGAGAACAAUGAAAUGCCACAUCAGAUAAUUGAGCGUUCGCCCUCUAGCAGCAAGCGUCAUGUUAUUGUUUACCCUCGUUCUUCUCGUUCUUCAAAUUCAAGCCGAAGCCCCUCGAACAGAGGCUCACUAUACGUUAAUGACCGUCUUGACCGCGAGGAACGUCGAUAUGAAUCUCGCGGCCACCGCUACCACCGCUGA